GCAGGUCCGAAGAACAAAGCACAGCGGAAAGGCAGAAGAGUUCAAAGAAAAGGUAUGCUCGCUGACACUGAAAUGGCAGAAUGAUCACUGAUACGGACCCGCCUCCUGUCCCUCCCACUGUUUCGGCCUCCACAGAUUCUGCCUCACCUUCCGCCUCUUCUAGUGCCACGGAUUCUUCAUCCCAUUCUGCCUCCGCUCUGCCUUCGGCCGAUACCGAUCAGGCCGGGCAGCCACCGGCACCGAAACCUGUGAUCUUCUCCAAGGAUAACAAUUCGCUCUUCAGCGGUGGCGGCGUCAGCUGUCUCUCGGGAAGUCAAAAUGGAAGAUUGAGCUAUGGAUAUUCCAGCUUCAAGGGUAAAAGGACUUCAAUGGAGGAUUUCUAUGAGACAAGGAUAUCAGAGGUUGAUGGUCAGAUGGUUGCCUUUUUUGCUGUUUUUGAUGGUCAUGGAGGUUCUCGGACCGCUGAAUACUUGAAAAAGAAUCUCUUUAAGAAUAUAAGCAGCCAUCCUGACUUUAUCAAAGACACAAAGACAGCCAUUGUUGAAGCAUUUAAACAGACAGAUGUUGAUUACCUGAAGGAGGAAAAGGGUUAUCAUAGAGAUGCUGGAUCCACUGCAUCAACAGCUGUAUUGGUGGGGGAUCGAAUUGUUGUUGCCAAUGUUGGUGAUUCCAGAGUAGUUGCUUCUAGAGCUGGUUCAGCUAUCCCUUUGUCAGUUGAUCACAAACCUGAUAGAUCUGAUGAACGUCAGAGAAUUGAACAGGCUGGCGGAUUCAUCAUGUGGGCAGGCACAUGGCGGGUUGGCGGUGUUCUAGCAGUUUCCCGUGCGUUUGGUGACAAACUUCUUAAGCCAUAUGUUGUUGCUGAUCCAGAAAUUCAGGAAGAAGAGAUUAAUGGUGUAGAUUUUAUAAUAAUAGCUAGUGAUGGACUUUGGAACGUCAUAUCAAACGAGGAAGCGGUGUCUUUGGUGCAAAACAUAACAGACGCAGAAGCUGCAUCCAGAGAACUUAUUAAAGAAGCCUACACACGAGGAAGCUCAGACAACAUUACUUGUGUGGUCGUUCGAUUUGAUUUAUCUUGAGCUUAGUUUUCUGAAGUUCAAGGUGCUCCAAGCUGGAAAAUGUGAAAAAGCUUGUAGGUUCAUUUCUUUUUCCACUGUAACAUUACUUUUCUCGGCCCCACGUUAGUUAAUAUAAUCCUUUCACGUCUAAAAUAGGAUUUUCUGCUUAUGAUUUCCUUGAUCCGUUAUUUAUUAUAUAGUGUCUGAUUUCUAGUUCCCCCCUCCCUCUCUAAAAGGUUUUAUGGCCAAUUUGUUCAUGUGAUUGCUAGUGAUAAUGGAGAAAUUGAGCGGAAAAUAUUUGGGUUUUUUA